CUCGUCAGCAGAGGGAGGAAGCCCAUUGUGUGCCCCGAGGGCAGGUGGAUCUCUAGAGCGUGAAAAUGUGUUCUUGGGACCACGUGGGAAUGGGCUGAGGGUGAGGAAUCCGGCAGCCAGAGAACUGAAGCUUCAGCCCUUCCUAGGCAUAGGAGUGCGGAAGGUGGGCUGCUCACAGGGUAGAGGCUACGCCCCUCAGGCCCCUGCAGGGGAACAGCAGGGGGCGGGGAACCUGUGUGGCGGAGGCUCGCUCCACCAGGACGAGGAGUUGGGGUAUGAGGGUGGGGUGGGGGCCUGAGGGGUGGCUUGGAGCCCUGUCGGUGGCUGCCUGACGUCACCGGCCUCUCUGGCAAUAGGCUGCGAGCUGAGCUUCCCGAAGCAGCGGCGGCGGCGGCGGCGGCGGCGGCAGCGCGGCUUGGUCUCUGGCCCCUUCACUCCGCGCCUUCUGCAGCCGCCACUGCAGCCGCGCGGCGGGGGCUCCCUCCCUGCAGCCAGUUGGCGGCCCCAGCCUGGUGCCUUGGCCGAGGAAAAGGGCGCGCAGACACGCGUUCGAGGCGGGGCUGGAGAGGAUCUCCUGGGCACCGCUCGCUCCCUGGCCAGCUUGCUUGCCCGCAGUUGCUCCCUCGCUCCUUCGCUCGCGCGCGCAUCCCCUCCUCCCGCACCGGGGAGUAGUUUUGGGUGGCGUGGGCUCCGUCCUCUUCUUGGCUGGUGAGAACCUUGUGCCCAAGAGAGGAAGUCUGGUGGGCCCGGCCCCUCCCAGCCCAGCGCCGAUGAGUGCCAGGGCGCCCAAGGAGCUGAGGCUGGCGCUGCCGCCGUGUCUCCUCAACCGGACCUUUGCUUCCCCCAACGCCAGCGGUAGCGGCAACGCGAGCGCCCGUGGCCCCGGCGCAGGCGGCGGCGGCGGCGGGGGCGGCACCUGCAUCACUCAGGUGGGACAGCAUCUCUUCCAGUCCUUUUCCUCCACGCUGGUGCUGAUUGUCCUGGUCACCCUCAUCUUCUGCCUCAUCGUGCUGUCCCUCUCCACCUUCCACAUCCAUAAGCGUAGGAUGAAGAAGCGAAAGAUGCAAAGGGCUCAGGAGGAAUAUGAGCGGGAUCACUGCAGCGGCAACCGCGGCGGCAGGGGGCUGCUCCAGCCCGCGGGCGGCCAGGCCCCGACCCACGCAAAAGAAACCCGGCUGGAGAGGCAGGCCCGGGACUCUGCCUCCUGCGCCCCUCCCGACGCUUCCUCCUCCUCGUCCGCUGGCCUGCCGUGCCGGGGGCCCUGUGCUCCUUCGCCUCCACCACCGGCCCCCAGUCCGCAAGGAGCACACGCAGCCUCCUCCUGUUUGGACACAGCUGGCGAGGGCCUUUUGCAAACGGUGGUACUGUCCUGAUUGUCUAGCCCCUCUUCUUCCCUUCCUCAUUUCCAGCAUCUUUGCCGUCCUUGCUUUCUUUCCUCCGGCCUUCCUCUUCCACUUUCCUGUGGCCUCUCUUCCUCCUCCUCCUUUCCUUAUUUUUCCUCCCUCUACUCUGUUUCUCCUCCGCCGAGGCACUGUGCGGUAUUUGUAAAUAUUGGGCGAGGAAAGUCUCGGAAGAAGAAA